CCACAAUUAUCGAUCACCUCUCCUUUCGCAUUAGUAACAGCAGGAAUGGCAUGCUCCUCGACAGCGCCCAAGUUCACGGUGCGUAGGCGACCGGCGGUGCUGGUGGCACCGGCGGCCCCAACGCCUCGUGAGCUGAAGCGGCUCUCUGUUUUCGAUGAGCAGUACAAUUUGAGGGUCCAAAUCUCCAACCUCUUUUUCUACAGGAGGAAUGAGUCCAUGGGCGGUAAGGACCCCGCGCAUGUUAUACGGGAGGCUCUCGCCAAAGCCCUUGUGCCCUACUACCCAUUCGCCGGACGGCUCCGAGAGCACAAUGGAUGGAAGCUAGUCGUCGACUGCACCGGUGAGGGCGUUUUGUUUGUCGAGGCCGACGCUGAUGUUGGCCUUGAGCACUUUGGUGAUCCUCUAGUGCCGCCCUUCCCGUGCCUCGAGGAGCUUAUCUUUGACGUCCCCGGCUCUUCCGCCAUCCUCAACUCUCCCUUCCUGCUCUUCCAGGUGACGCGACUCUCUUGUGGAGGAUUCAUCCUUGCGGUCCGAGUGAACCACACCAUGGCUGACGCACAAGGGGUGACGCAGUUCUUGGGCGCUGUGGCAGAGCUUGUGCGGGGUGCGCAGGCUCCGUCCGUGCUGCCGGUGUGGAAACGGGAGCUGCUGGAUGGGCGCAACCAGCAACAGCCGGCACUGGUGCACGACAAGUUGGACGAGGUGCUGGGCAAAGACAUCGACGCCAAGGCCAGCAGCAGUAUCAUGCUUUCGUUAGAUCACGCGGCGCUCCGGCUCCGCUCCUUCUUCUUCGGGCCCCGAGAGAUCGCAGCUAUUCGAGCCCAGCUCCCGCCGCACCUUCAGAAGCGUGCCACAAAGUUUGACACCAUCGCAGGCUGGAUUUGGAAGUUCCGAACGGUGGCGCUAGCUCCGGACACCAACGAGGUGAUGAUGCUGGGGGUGGUCGUCAACGCACGCGGCCGCAACACCGCCUCCGACGGCAUCCCCAUCGGCUACUACGGAAACGCGUUCGUGGUCCCGGUUGCCAUAUCGACGGCCCGGGAGCUCUGCACAAACCCCCUGAGCUACGCCGUUGAGCUGGUGAACAAGGCGAAAAACCAGGUGGACAUGGAGUACAUGCGGUCAGCGGCCGACCUCAUCGUAAUGCGCAGGGGGCAAAGUCCGCUCUUCCCCGCGGGCAUGUUUGCUCUGUCGGACGCAACAAGGGCCAGGUUUGACGACCUCGACUUUGGAUGGGGCAAGCCGGUGUAUGGGGGUGCGGCAGAAGCUGUCGGCGUCCCGUCCAUUCCCUGGCUGACGAGCUUCCUCUUAGCCUCCAAGAACGCCAAUGGGGAGGAUGGCAUCAUGGUACCAAUGUGCCUGCCUGGCCCUGCUAUGGAUAGGUUGGUGGAAGAGAUGAGCAAGCUGCUGCGCCUAUCAGCCGACGUGACCCUGCACCAACCUCACGUAUUCCCUGCCAAGAGGUCAGCGCUAUAAAUAAUUCACCAUGUGCUGACUAUGACCAAAAUGAAACUUCAUCGCAAAGUAGCAUGAGAAUAGAGUCCAGUCCUAUGCUAUAUAUUGUAUGUUUGCCUCAAGGGCUUCUAUUAUAUUUUUAUCAUACAUACCGCGUGUUAUCGAUAAAAUAAUGCAGUGAUCAUCAAUUAA